GAGUUAUUCAUGACUGGCCAGGUGAGUUGACUCAUGUCAUCGUCACCGUCCAAGCCAAAAUGUGGGAGAGUUCCGACUGGAUGCUAAUUCAGUCCCGACGUCGAGUUUUACCGGGCACCUCGGUAAAACUUGGAUUGGGCCUAACCGCUUUGAACGCCGUUCUUUGGCUGGUCGCCAUGAUUUUACAGUAGGCCUUCCUGCUUAAUAAUAUCGAUUACUACAUUGCGCCGUCGUCCUACAUACUCGUCGGUAUCUGCCUGGGCUGGUCCGCCACAAUUUUGUUUAUUACGGCUGGCUCGUUGUACGGUUUAAUACGCAAUACAGAAAAUGACGUGAAAUCCUACCUGACAUUGACGACUAGCACGGCGGUUUUCUCGCUCUUUAUCUUCCUUUCAUUCUUAAUCACGCUAUGUCUCGAUACAGCAACCGAAUCCUGGUUAACACCGGGCGGUUUCUCAAUUUUCACCGGCCUCUACGUUUUCGGCGAGAGUUACAUUAUUGUUUGGUAUUUCUCUAGUCAGUGGAGAGCUUUCAAAAAAGAAAUGGAAGAAGAGCGAACGGAUCGGAUCCAACAACGAGUGCGAGAACAACAACAACAUCACUUGGCCGUUUUGACGAAUUCCGUCCAGCAGGCGCCACCUAACGAAUAUCAGGUGGAACAGGUGAUGGAGACAUUCGAGAGCGAGGAGAUGGAGCGAAAGAGAAACGAAGUUGAAGAGGCAAGCGAUUCAGGCAGCGACCGCUUGUCUUAUUAUCCGCCCGUGUUUGUUUGAAACUAUUGCCCAAUACAAAAACUUUUUUUUUUCUUCAAUCCGCUUAUCGUCUUAUCAGUGAGCUCAUCAUGUCACCUGCAUUAUCUUGAUUGAAAAAUCUAAAGCGAAAAACCCUUAGAACCAGCAACCAAAGGAAAAGCGACAAAAAGUCACGGACUAAAGUCAACCGGAUAGGAGUUGGAACACUGUCAAACUCGCUCCGGGAUGAGUUAGCAGUGCGUCGUGAUUGUAACCUGCCCGAUUCAGGAGCAGGUUGUCAUCAGAGAAAUGACUGCCAAUCUCCAUCAAUCCACUAUUCAGCAAAGCAGAGAUUCAGCUCGUUCGGUUGUCUUUCGACCGCGACACAAAGUUAUGGUCAGUGUCUUUUCCUAUUCACUCAUCUUCCUGUUCAUCCUAGGCGUCGGAUUUCAGGUCUGCGCAAUUUUAGUGAAUGCGAACUACAGCCAAACCGGAGCCGGGAUAUGGUGCGGUAUCCUUUACGUCGCUACAGGCGUCAUGGGUCUGCUAGCCGUCCGUAGAGAGGAUAAGCCCAUGACAAUUGCAUUGUUAUGCAUGGCUGUAGGGUCCGUUUUCACUUCCAUCGCUCUCAUACUGUUAGCAUUACUUUCUCUCACUAGUACAUAUCAAGGAGCAUUUCCUUCGUUAUGCACUGCAUCAAAUAUUAUUCUAACUGUGGUGGGAUUCAUUGGAUUUUUCAUCUCAAUCGUCCUAUUGACAAUUGCUGCCAUCACUUCGUCAUCUAGUAAACGGUCCCAGAGCGCUUCCACCGAAAUGGAAGUAGUCAAGCAGGAUUUCAAAGAGGAUUUCAAGCAGGAUUCGAUAGAUACUAUUAGUUUGCAUCAAGAGUCUAUCGCUCCAUCCGAAGUGGAGGCAACUAUAUCUCCUCCAGCAGCUGCUGAAUCCAAUGGUUCAACUGGCUCGGACGGUAUCUAUGAGUCGUUAAAAUCCCAACAGGACAGUGUGGCUGAAAGUGCCACUUUAGACUCGUCUACGAUCAUAGCUCAGAUUAUGGAACCUAUCUACGCCAUUCCGAUGAAGAAGAAAUCGAAUUCCAGCACGACACUCGCAUCCGCUGGCGAUUUCGACAUAGAAGUCGAUAAUCGCCGCGAUAGCGAAGUCAACGAAAACAAAGUGGCUUCAACUAAGUGGUUCCAUAGGGAAGCAGUGGACGAGCCUGUAAGUUCAGACGUCGAUGAUGACCAACAUUCAAGAAAUAUUGAACUGCCCAAAGAGGACGUUGUUGUUCACGCUCCGCCAAACUGAUACUCGCACCAAAGAAUUUCGAAAAGCAAUAUUGUUAACCCUCGGGUGAAUUGUUAAUAAUAGACCAACUAAUUAUUUUUGAAAUUAGAACGACUGAGACAUAGAAUAAAUAAAUAAAUAAAUAAAAA